AUGACCUGCCACUUCGGCUUCUACACCGGAGCCAGCUACCUCUCCUGCACCUGCCACUCAAUAAACACUGUCUGUGCCCCGAGUCCAUUCACUGUCUGUCCAGGAGUUAGCCCAGGGCCUGUGGAGGAGGAGCUGGCCCCCAUCUCCCUAGCAGGUGUGGAUUUGGCCCAGUGGGUGGGCUGCCCCGACACGGCCUGCCUGGUGGCCGGGGAGGAGGAGCACAAGGACCAGGCUGUCCCUAGAGGGAGGGAGUUGAGGCCCUUCCGAUCUGGUAGUGGGCCUGGAAAAUGCUGGGAGAGUAGCGGAGUCGCGUGGCGCCUGUCGGAAGAGGUGAGCGGGCUGAUGUCCAGGCCGGGGGCGUGCCGCUGGCCACACUGGCUGGCCAGCAGGGCAGUACCAGGGCCACGGUCUGAGACUCCAGGCCUGACCCAGCGGCGACCCCUCCCGGGCUCCUCGGCCACUCCUCUCCCAGGACGAGCCGGGAUUGGGGGGGCUGGGCAGCCACAGGUAAGGGGCUGCGGGGAGCGGCGCUGGAGGCGAGGGCGAGGCACGGAGGGAAGCGCGGCGCUGGAGGGGUUAAAUGCGGGAGGAGGGGGGCUUCUGGUAGCGGGAGUGGGGGGGGGGUCCCAGCCCCGGCGGCCUCCCGCUCCGCCCCUGCCGCCGCCGCCGCCACCGCCUCCGCGGCCCAGGCGGCACCGGCGAGGCCGUUCGGGAGUCCGGGCUGCAGCCGCAGCCGCAGCCGCAGCAGGGCCGACAGUGAGUGCGGGGCGGAGAGGGCGGGCAGGUGCGGGCAGGGAGUGCGGGACGGCGGGGGGCUCGGGCCGGCCUCCGGGGGCAGGGGCCUGCAGGGGCGAAGAGGCCGGGAGGGAAGCCCACCUCCUGCGCGUGGGCGCCUCCGGGAGUCGCGCGGCCGCGCGUCCUGCCGCCCGUCACGCUCCGAGGCGUCGGCGUGAAGACGCGGGGAGGCGGUGGGAGCGAGCGGCGGGGUGCGGUGUGUGGGCGGCGGGCGAUGCGCGGUGGCCCCACGGUCUGGGUGUGCGUGUACGUGAGUGUGUGCACACGUGUGUGGGGGCUUCUGGGGGCCCUGGCCCGGCGCGCACGGUCCUGAGGGUCCGGUGCGCCCGUGAGCAGGUGGAGUGUGUGCGUGCAGCCUGGGCAGCCGGGCCGCCUGGAACCGCAGGGUGGAGCGUGGGCGCGCGGGUCUUUGUGCCCGCGUGUGUGUGCGCGUGGGCGCCACCGCCCCCUGUCCCAAGGGCUGACAGCUGUCCCAAGGGAUGCGCUACGGUCGGGCCCUGGUCGCCCCCACCCCGCUCCUUCCCGGAACCGGCACCCUCCCUUCCCCUCCGCCCUGCCUCGCCUCUGCACAGCGACCGGGACCCGCCCCUGGGUUCCUCGAAAGCCCUGCGGGGCGCUGGGGGACCCUGGAGGCUCCCCUCCAGGCCCAUCGCGUCUAGCAGGUCUAGCAGCGGAACAAGGAGAGGCUGGAGGGGAGGGAGAAGCCACGAAGAUGCUGCCGCAGCCUCAGCGGACGAGCCGGGUCCUGCCGUCCCCGUCCCCGUCCCUGCCCUGCGCUGCGCGGUCCGGCCUCCCCUCCCGCUUUGCCUUGGAGCGCCUCCGCGCCCCCUCAGCCUCCAGCUGGAAGGCGGGUUCCCCACGCACCCCCCUCCCAGGCCCCCAGCAUUUCCCCACUCGCCCCACCUCUCCCUUGGCAGGCCCAGCCUCGCUUCCCCCAUCCACGCUCCUUCCUUUCCCUUCCCGGUGCCCACUUAUCUUCUCACACCCUGGAGUCCCCGGACUGGGGCUGAGGGCCGGGCAGUGGAGUGACUGCAGCUCCCCAGGAGCCCCCUGCCCAGCCUCCCCAGGCGGGCAGUGGAAUUGGCCGG